UUUUGUGUUGGUGUCGAUGGUCUUGUUGUUGUUGUUGUUGGUGUUGUUGAUUUUUGUGUUGGUGUCGAUGGUCUUGCUGGAUGAUGGGGCCCCUCUGAAUCUUUGCCCAGGGCCCCUUCAGACUCUAGACUCGCCACUGUUCAUCCUUCAGAUUUCAGUUUGUUUUUAUAAAGCUGUGAUUUCAGAGGCAGCCUGAACGCACCGCCCACCUGAGUUCACGGCGACAGUAGCUAACAGCUAAUCGAGGCGAAAAGUUGUCCGGAUGUGACGUCAUCAGACGCUUGUUUGUGUCCGGCGGUGGGCGUGGCCUGACAGUAAUGUAAACAGCUAUCCGUUCAGCAGCAGACAGAGGAGCAGCUUCUGGACCCGUUACCGGUAAGAUGUGAAUCAGAAAACCGACUGUUGGCCCCGGUGUGAUGGAGGAGACUCACUGGAUGCUCUGCUGACAGGAAGUCUUUGUCCUGCUGACGGACGACUUCCUGUGUAGGAGAGGAGCCUUCAUGUCUAUUUUUAGAACUAUUAAAUUCAUGACAAAGGACUCGACUUGAGCGAGAAGCUGUAAGUGGUGUUCAGUGUCAGAACGCAUCAGCAGACAGAAAAGUGUGUUUACAUAAAACAGGAGAUUUCUGUGAGGAUCCUGUGGCGGCCAUGUUGGCGCCUCAACUGCUGCCUCCGUCCUCUGUCACCUCUCCUCCGUCUGAGAGCAACGUUUAGUUUGUGAUCUUCUGAAGAGGAGGGCCUCGCUUUCGUGAUUGAUUUUUUGUUCUCAGAAGUUUUCUCUCCUCGCCUCUAACUGUCCGCUGGUCAUGGCUGAGUCCAGCUCUGACCUGCUGAUCGAUCUCAACAAACAAACAACACCUCUACCUGCAGAAAGCAUCUCCAAAGAACUGAUUGUUACCAUGACAACAGAGAGGCCCGGAGACCUCACAGCCGAUGUCCUGAGCAGCAACGGGGCUGCCAACAGUCCUCUUCCCACUAAAGUCCAGCAGCAGGAAGAGGAGGAGGCCACGCCCACGCCGCCAGAGACCUCAUCAUCACUGUCGUCCGGAAAUGGGACAGUGACCGCCAUUACCACAGAAGAAGAAUCUCUGUCAACGCUGCUCAGACACAUCAAGAGUGUAGGAGGAGCAGACAGAAAAGGAGAGCCAGGUCUGGAUCUGGACCUGGAGGAAGGCUCUUCUGUGGCAACAGCGGGCGGCUCAGACGACCAGCGGGAGUCCACAGACUCCGCCUCCUUCUCCAUCCCCAGCCUGUCUGACGGCAUGACCGCUGCAGGAAACUCCCUGGAGGUGGAGGACGGCUGCUCCUCGUCGUACUCGGCUCUGGGAGUGGAGGGCCGCUCGCCGUCCACCGAGAUCCCGAGUCUGAAGGAUGAGGAGGCGCAGGAGGCCACAGUUGCCCUCCUGCCCACAGAGGGCGCUGCUGCUGCUGCUUCUGCUGCUGCUGCUGCUGUGUCAGAGUCCGGGCCGUCCAUGCCGGCGUAUUACCUGGUGAAGUGGAUCACCUGGAAAGAGAAGAAGACUCCCAUCAUCACGCAGAGCGAGAAUGGACCCUGCCCCCUGCUGGCCAUCAUGAACACGCUCUUCCUGCGCUGGAAGGCAAAACUUCCUGCUCAGACUGAAGUGGUGACCACGGAGGACCUGAUGGCUCACCUGGGAGAGUGUGUGUUGUCUGUUACACCCAGAGAGAAGGCUGAAGGGAUGGAGCUCAAUUUCCAGCAGAACAUGAGUGAUGCCAUGGCGGUGCUCCCGAAGCUCUCCACAGGUCUGGAUGUGAAUGUGCGAUUCACAGGUGUGGCGGACUUUGAGUACACGCCUGAGUGUAUCGUGUUCGACCUGCUGAACAUCGCGCUGUACCACGGAUGGCUGGUCGACCCCCAGAGUCCAGAGAUGGUGGCCUCUGUGGGUAAACUGAGCUACAACCAGCUGGUGGAGAAAAUCAUCGACUACAAACACUCUCCAGACAGCUGCAGAGUCAGUGAAGGCCUGGUGGCGGAGCAGUUCCUGGAGUCCACGGCGACCCAGUUGUCGUAUCACGGUCUGUGUGAACUCAACACCACGGCCAAAGAAGGAGAAAUCUCUGUGUUCUUCAGGAACAACCACUUCAGUACCAUGAUCAAACACAAGGGUCACCUGUACCUGUUGGUGACAGAUCAGGGUUUCCUCCAGGAGGAGGGUUUGGUUUGGGAGUCUCUUCAUAACGUGGAAGGAGACGGAAACUUUUGUGACUCAGACUUCAGGUUGUGUCAUCCUCCUCAGAGAGCUCCGCCCACCGCCGCCCUGCCGCCCACCGCCCAGGAGCAGCAGCGACAGAUCGACCAGGACUACCUGGUGGCCGUGUCUCUGCAGCAGCAGCAGGGCGGGGCCCCGGGGCCCCUCAGUGACCUGGAGUUGGCCCGGCAGCUCCAACAGGAAGAAUACCAGCAACAGCAGCAACUGGAGCAACUCCAGCAACAACAACAACAACAACAACAACAACAACAACAACAACAACAACAACAACAACAGCCACAGGGAGCAGUACCGGCUUCACAGCAGGUGAGAGGCUCCGGGUCCCAACAGGGCGGAGCCAGAAGACGAGAAAAGGAUUCAGACUGUGUCCUCUUAUAGAUUCUUCAUCACACUCACACACACACACACACACACACACACACGCACACACACACACAGCCUGUCAGCUCGAUGCCAAACCCCAUUGCUUUGUGGUUCCAGGUGUUUUAGAAGGUUUGGAGACUCCUGAUUGGACGUUCUGUCUGUAAACACGUUUGAUUUGUUCACUGUUUAUAAAGAUGGACGACGCCUCUCCUCCUCCAACAGUUGUACAUAAGUGAAGCCAAAAUACGGCCCAGCACAAGUGCUGACAUUUUAACCAGAGUUGAGUAGUAGAUUGUUGCUGUAAUUAAGCCCCGCCCCUUCCUCUAACACACAUGUACCUUCCUGCUAAAAGGUCAAAGGUCACUCAGGUGGGUUCAUUCGCUUCGUAGCAGAAAGUUCAUGAUCCUGUUUGUCACCAUUCCUCCUCUGAUCAUCAGUCAGCAACACAGGAGCCUCAUUGGUCACAGCUGUCAAUCAUGACAUCAUCAUGAGAUCAUUUAUCUGACCUGUUUUUAGAUUUGAUAUUCUCAUCUGUUAACAUGGAGGAGGCAGAGCUCUGAAAGUUUUGGCUUCACUUUUGGGGAGCUGUCCUGUCGUCCAUGUCUUUAAACAGUCUGUUUGAUUACUGGUGAAUAAACCAAUGAACUCUCCACGGCUCUGCAGGGAGAUUGACUUCCUGUCUUCACUUCCUGUCUGUGUCAUGACCUCUGACAUCAAAGGGUUAAAGGUUAAUCUGAGAGGUGGAAAUAAAGAACGCAUUAACGAUCUGAAAGAAUCCUGAUGACCUCGUUAACCCUUUCAUUCAAGUCGUGGCGGUGUCUCGAUUACCCAUAAUGCCUCUCUCUGAGUUAGUUCUGCUUUGUAUUUAAUCUGUGAAGCGUCAGUAAAAAGUUUGAACUGUC